AGAUGGAAAUUUUUCUGUUACCUUUAGUGUAGUGAUUGUGUAUAAAAUGAAAGUGGUGGAAGCAAAAAUUGUUGUUUUAGGAUCGCAAGGUGUCGGCAAGACAAGCCUGGUGGUGAGGUAUAUAGGCAAGAUGUUCUCUAAGCACAUAUCGCCAACCAUUGGUGCUUCCUUCUUCACCUGCAAUAUUAAUGUGGACGACGCUAGAGUUAAAUUGCAGGUCUGGGACACAGCUGGUCAAGAGAGGUUUAGGUCAAUGGCGCCCAUGUACUAUAGGAACGCUAACGCAGCACUAUUAGUCUAUGAUAUAACGAGCGCCGGCAGUUUUGCAGCCAUUAAGGGAUGGGUGAAGGAAUUGCAGAGCAACGUGCCAGAGCCGAUGGUGCUGGCCGUAGUGGGCAACAAGUGCGACCUUGAAGCGUGCCGCGCCGUGCCUCGCGGCGAGGCGGCGCAGUACGCGGCGUCCAUCGGCGCCGCGUACUGCGAGACAUCCGCUUUGCACGACCAGGGCAUAGACCAAGUGUUUUUAAGCACGGCAACGUCGCUUCUACAGCUAUCUGCGACUAGUCUGGUGUCGUCGCUACGGUCCUACGAUUCAGUGGAUGGCGAGGAGAGAUUACCUUUCGGUAGCCCCACAGAAGAGACGGCAACACACACGGGUAAAGUAGAGUUGCCAGCGUGGAGCGACGACAGGGUUGCCCACGGAGAAAUGCAAAAGACGAUGUGUUGCUAGCGUUAAUUAAUUUUAGAGACUUCGUUAAUACAGUAUUGUGAAAGUGUAUUUUUGACUGUGUUUUACAUUUCACAAAAUAUGUAUUUCUAUAAUAAAUUUUAGUGUUUUUAAAUUAAUUAAAAAGUUGCACUAUGUACUCUAUAAAAAAAA